CUUAUGAAUCUACAAACAAAAGUUGCCUAUAUAUAGUGCAAUAAUUAAGCUUUUACCUACAACACUCUACCUAACAUUCAAAAACGUUAGACAAUUGCAAUUGAUCAUCCACAAUCAAAUCAAAAAUAUGAGUAUAAUUCCCCAACAAAAUCCUUCUAAAGAUAAUAAAUGGUUAGACGAUAUGAAAGGUAGCAUAAGUUUAACAGCUUCCCUGAUCGCAACUCUGACAUUUUCACUUGCCACUAAUCCACCUGGUGGCGUUGUGCAAGCUAGUCUUGAUGAUAGCAACUAUUGUUCCACAAUAUUAAAUACCAGAAUGGUAAAUACCACAAUAUGCUUAGGAGAAGCUAUCUUGGCAACUAGAUUAAAGGAUGACUAUCUAGCUUUUUUGAUAUGCAAUACAUUUUGUUUCAUUGCAUCACUUAGUGUUAUUUUUGUGCUUGUUAGUGGAAUUCCUAUCAACAAUAAAUUUUUAAUAUGGCUUUUAUCAAUAGUCAUGUCCAUCAUACUCUCAGGCCUUGCUCUUACCUACUUGUUUGCUGCAGGAAUGGUCACUCCAAACUCCCUUUGGGAUACUCCUGGGUCUGGGUUCGGUAAAGCUCUUAUUUCUUGGGUUCUCGUAGUUUUAAUUGUUUAUAUCAUUGUCCUGGUUUGCGCCUGUGUGAAGUGUGCCAAAAAAUGUUGCUCGUAGUUGUCUUAUAAUACUCCCUUUGGUUUCAACUAUAAGAGAAAGUUACCUUUUAGGUUCAUUCGGUAAUUAAUGUAUUUAGUUCUUAAUAUAGACUAAAUGUAUCAUUUAUUGAAUGAAUCUAAAUAGUAAAUAUUAUCUUAUAAUUAAGAUCGGAGCAGUACUUUUGUUUGUGUUUGGCUACCUCAUUUGAUAUGGUGGAAUAAGUGGCAGAAGCCACAGUUCUGGUGUAGCGUAAGUGGUUAUUGUGUAAUAUGUACGUCUAUUGGAGAGUUUAAAGUUCGAUUUCAUGUGUUAAAAUAUUGGCAGAAAGUUCCUAGCUUUUUGAUGUUAUGUAUUGGCAAGCAUGCACUAAUCAUGUGCAAACUUGCAUGGUGUAAGAAGUCAAAAAUAAUUGUGUUAUCAUUUUAUAAUAAAUAAUUGUUGUUUUCAAUAAAUAAAAA